UGUUCAUUGAACAGUUAUUCUAAUGUUAUUUAUGAAAUUUUAAAAUUUAAAUGAUAAUAAGAGGAAAUCACUUGUGGAAGGAAAGGAAAUCAGUUGUGGAAUUAAGAGGAAGUGAAUGUACACAUAAGUAAUGGGGAGAAGUAUGAAAUAGGUACCAAUGGCAUAUUAGGAUGGAAUUAUUUUAUUUUAUUAGGUUGGCCAACCGACUCUUUGCUCUAGUCUGUAUUGGAUUAGCUACCCAUAAUGACUAUGAGACUUUUUAGUUCCUUACUUGUAGUUAAGACGGCCAUCGUGGUUCAAGGAGAAAAUAUUACUUGAGGAAGUGUAUAAUUCCAUCAGAUGAAGGAUUUCCUGAAAAAUCGAAAUUAUUAUAUUAUGAACAGUGAUCACCAGGCAAAACUAUUAUAACUAUGCAAUGUACAAUGACUUUUUGAAUUGACCUUAUGCUAAAUAUACAAAUAUUUUAGCAUUUAAACAUUAUAGUAUAAUGAAACGGAUUGCAAUGACCAAUAUUUAAAAGAAAACUAGUCUUUUAAUGGAAAAAACAAGACUAACAUUUUACAUGUAUAAUAUUUACAACAUUACAGAUGCUACAGCAACUUUGCUGGUUAUGCCCUGCGGCUCUACAUUCAAGAAAAGAGCUUAAAAACCAUGUUGGGACGGAGCACCAACGGUUGGACAUAAUUUGCCCAUGGUGUGUAGAGGACGUGCCAACCAUUAUGAGUCGCCCAUACGAUUUGAAGCGACAUGUUGGGCGCUGGCACGAGGCCAUUGCUGAUGGCUUAAAUCAGGACAUCUUCACGGAGGCCGGAGCAUUUUAUCUAGCUCUAUAUCCCAAGGACUACAGCAAGGUUGUAAAACCUCUCGUAUUCACAACCCAGGCGGCCAAGGAGGCAAGAGAAGCAGUAAAGGUGUGGCGGGAGACUUCACAGGCCCCAAAACUUCAGAAAAUGGAAGACUGGGAGGCGGGCUGGAAGUUAGCAGAGGGGAAAACAGCAGACACCCCAACCAUACAAGAAUCAGGGAGUCCAACUCCUGGGGUUGAAGCUUAUAGCCCUACCAAGCCGGCCAUGCUCCCCACAGGAGGAAGACUCCCUGUACCAUUCCCAAAAAUGGAAGAGACCACAGUAUACACUGCUACGCCAAUCGAGGGACCGGCCCUCCCAUUCAACUCAGCCAAGACAAGGCCACCCGUGGAGACAUUUCUCCCAGAGACGCCUCUGCUGGAGGAACAGAACAAACACAUGCAGGAGGAAAUGACCCUACAGCAGAGGGCUCUUCACCUCCUGACAUGGGGUUGCAUGCCACUUGUUCCUCCGGCAAGGCGGAACUGGGACCGGUUACCAACCGUCCAAAAGACUGGCGGCUGA